GGGGCGGGUAGUUCCGUUUCCUGUGGCGCUGUUGCGGAGAGCGGUCUACUGUGGCGGUGGCGGAGGAGGCUCGCCUUGUCGUUGGGACUCGGCAUCGGGAGGCCUUGUGGGAUCUGUAGUCCCGGCUGCCUCGGCCCGCCGAGGGAAAGGAGGAGGGCGCAGCGAAACACCACACAGACCAUGCCCGGGUUCACGUGCUGCGUGCCAGGCUGCUACAACAACUCGCACCGAGACAAGGCGCUCCACUUCUACACCUUCCCGAAGGACGCGGAGCUGCGCCGCCUUUGGCUGAAGAAUGUGUCGCGGGCCGGAGUGAGCGGAUGCUUCAGCACUUUCCAGCCCACGACGGGCCACCGCGUCUGCUCCGAGCACUUCCCCGGCGGGCGCAAGUCCUACCUGGUGCGGGUGCCCACCAUCUUCCCCUUGCGGGGCGUCAACGAGCGCAAGGGCGCCCGUGGGAACCGGCGCGCACGCCACGCCCCCGCGCCUCCCCAGGCGCCCGCGGUCGCCGCCGCGCAAGCCGCGGUCUUGCUCGCUUUGCAGGAGGGAGCUGCUGCCGCCGCCGCGGCUGGGCAAGGUGUGCCCCGGGGAGGAGGCGCAGGAGAUGAUGUGAAGCCUAUGGACCUGACCGUGCAGGUGGAGCUGGGAGGCCCUGGGACGAUGCUCGGGGCCCCAGGGGCGAUGUUGGGAGGCCCCGGGGCAAUGAUCGGGGGCCCUGUUAGCCUGGCAUUCCUUACAGAUAACGGGCCCCUGGUGGACAGCCCGCCAGACCACUCCUACUCACUGUCGUCGGGUACCACGUCGGAGGAGUUGCUGCGCAAACUGAACGAGCAGCGGGACAUCAUUGCUCUGCUGGAGGUGAAGAUGAAGGAGAUGAAGGGCAGCAUCCGCCGCCUGCGCCUGUCCGAAGCCCAACUCCGUGAGGAGAUCCGGGAGAAGGACCGCCUGCUGCAUGCUGCCAGCAUGGGAGGGGUGGCUCGCAAGCGCCAUGGUCUCUGAGACAUACGUGCCCUCCUUAGGAUUGGGGUCCUGCUCUUCAAGUUGCUUGUUUCAUGUAGGGCAGGGGACCGAGCACAAAUCGACCUGUGUGGUAUUGUUUGCAAACAGAAGUGGCAAGAAAUGCCCAAACAGGACGAAGGGGGUGGGUGGGUGGGUGGAGGCAGGCAGGCAGGCAGUUGUAGCAAGGACAAAUGGUGCUCCACAGCUUGGUGUGGUAUUGCUGCCCAAGAUACAUUUUUGGUCCCUUUCAGUCAGGUCUACACUGUGACAGGCAAAAUCACCAGUUCUUGACUAUGUACUGACAACAUUUCCUUCUCCUGUCAGGAAGCCCAGGGUGGUGUGUGAGCAGGCCCACACUAAACUGGACCCACACACUCACUUUUUACAUGUUUUUCUGUGAGAAGUACCCACCAGGAGUUGGCUACAACAAUAUUUUUAUAUACAUAAAAAGAUGGGUACAGUCUGGAUUAUUGGUUAUCAGCUGAUGCUCUACUCGUAUUAUGUCCUGUUCAAAGCACAGUAGCAGUCAGCAGCUGCUUUGGUACUCUCAGUAAUGUUGAUUCUGUGAGAGCUGGUCCAUUUUUAGCAUUGCUGGGAAAAUGUCUCUAAUAAAGCUGGAUGUUUCCAUUAAGUGGGCGGGUGUAGGGCUAUGAGCUUCUGUCACCAGUGGGAUUAAAUUUAGUGCAAAGCUAAUUUUGAGGAACAAUAACAGUUACUUUCUACACAAGCACACUUGGGUUGUAAAUCAUUUACUCUGGAAUAGUCUAGUGAAAGUCAUGGCACUUUCCUAUGAUUAUUCUGCAGUAAAUGUCUUGGUGAUCAACGCCUUAGAAACCAUGGCCAUCAGUGGAUUUUGUUUGUUUCUCGUUAUGGAAAGAGAGAGAGAAAAAAAAUGUGGGUUGUCAUCCCCCACCCACAAACUACUGAUAUGGAGUAUGCCAUUUUUGAUGCCAAGUUCAUUUUAAUCAUUAAAGAGGGCAACUGGAGUCUGUAUUCCUAGGAUGCAGUUAUAUUUGCUGUUUUGCCCUUUUUCUGUUUCUAGUUUCAGGGGAUUAUUAUGGCCAUGCCAUAGUUGGAUGACUCCCUGCCCAUCAUGGCAUUCAACAACUGCUUCUUUUACUUCAGCAAUGAUUCAGUAGUCUCUUGUAUAGACCAGUAUUGUGUGGUUUCUUUCCUUUUCACAUAUAAUAUACUGGGAUGCAAUCUGGCUAGCGUAAGAGGAAUGAGGUUAAGUUACAGUGGCUUUGCAAACCUUUCAUACUUCUAAAUAAAUUAGCAUUCUAACACUCUCUGUUAAGAACCUGGAAGAUGUUAAUGUCACAACCAUGGACUGAUAAAUUUGUGAGAUACACUUGUACUUUUCAGAUAUUUAUGAGCCAGUUUGCAUCUCCCUGGAUAUGAAGAUGGAAAGAGAUUAGGGAGCAGCCUGCCCUAUAGCCUGAUUCACUUUUGUCAGAAAUAGAUGAACCCCCUCCCCGCCAAUAUUUGUAUGUCUGUGUAGCACCAAAUAGAUGCUUCUGAUUAUUGUAUUCAGUGUGGUUGAUGAUAUACUUCAAAUAAGAGUCCACAACGGUGUGUGUACUCUGCAUGGCUAUGCAGAGAAUGCCAGAACAUCUCAUUUCACAAAGAAAGAAAGAAAAACACAAUGCAAUAGCUAGAGUUUUUGAGUUUAUCAAACCCAUAACUAAAAAUCACAACUGUAGGCAUGUAGAUUGGCUUGUAUUUUCAAGUGUAAAAAUACCUUUGGUUGAAACUAUUGUGACUGGCAGGGAUUGGCUAGUGUCAGAAUGGCCAUCUGCCCCAUUUUUUUCCUCUUUCUUUUUUGUUACAGUAUUUUUUAUAUUUUAUAUAACAAAUCUCAAAUAGAAACCACAAGCUUGUAUUGCUUAUAUACGUUGUAUAUACCAAUAACAGUAAAAGCAAUGAAGAAAAUAUUUUUUUAAAAAAUGGAGAGGGGGAGAUUAUUCCCUCAAACAAUUAAAAAGCUUGAAAAAAUACCAUAAAGAAAACCUAUUUCUUACAUGUCCCUUGUUCGUCUGACUAUAUAUACUGUAGGUCGUAAGACAUGUUCAAUUCUUGGUGUGAUUGACUCCGCAGUUUAUUGCAGGAGGCAGCAGCACACCAUAAACUCUAACCUCAUUGGAUUUCAUGGAUGUUCUGCUGUAGUCAUUGGGGAAUUGGUCUGUUGUUUGAACAAGAUAGUAGACUGUAUCAAAUUAUUUGGCUAGAAGUUGCUAGAACAUGAUUCAGCUUGUAACUAGUAUUUUUUUUAUUUAACUACUAUCUUCUUUUUCCAAUCUUAACAGAUUUCUGUGCUGCCCCCCCCCCAUACUUCUGAAGUGGGGAAGAAAACUACAGACAAAUUUACUGCCGUGUGUUGUGCUUAGGUCAAGUUUGGUCACACACAGCUUGCAUUUUGCUCUGUAUGCAUCUGUUGAGACCUUAAGCAGCACACUAGUUUUCUUUCUUUGUAAAUAGACGGUGCAUUCUAGCUGGCUGAGAGUGUUUCGAAAGUGUGUUGUGACAAGUCAUGGUACUUUUCUACCAUCAUUAUGCACUAAAAUACGUUCAGUUGCUUGGAUUACUGGACUGGUUAUCUGUUGGACUGUUCUAGUUUACUGGUUAUCCUGAGGUGCUAGCAAAUAUGCUUAAUUUGAAUAAAAUAUAUUUUGUUUUUGUUAUACAGUACUGCAGUCUGUAAUUUGUCUGUAACAUCUAAUAGUUCUUUCUUCCUCCACCUACUCCAUGGCAUUUGCUUGUUUCUGCUUUGAUUAAACACAUUUCAGUGUUUUGUUUUCUA